GGACAUGGUGCUGACUUACUCUCUGCAAUGGAUUAUGUAAAUCGCUCGGGAAUGCUUACCUCGGACACCACUCUUCAUCCUGAUACAGUUGUGUAUAUGCGAAGAUUGUGUGUGCACCAAGGAUGGUUGGAGCCACCUGAGGGUUUUACAUUGUCACCACUUAACUCACCAGCUGCUCUUUUCCACUGGAGGUGUUUGGUAGUACUGUUGUCACCUUUGCAGCCCAUGCAACGCGAAGAAUUUCGUACACAUGGACGUGUUACAGGGGACAUUACUAGUACACCAGAUACUGAGGAGACUCAAGUUCCGGUCGUUGACUCGUCGACGGAAGAUGAACUUACAGUUAUAGAUGUCAGUUACGGGUCUGAUGUGGACAUUUGCAGUUCUCAGACAUCUACUAUGUUUGAUGCUUUCGACAGUCAUUUCCAUCUUGACCGGACGUGCUCUCGCAUAUGGAAAUGUUCUUCAGUAAGAUCUGUGGAGGAUUUGUUGUCUUACUCCCAUUCCAGUGAUGUACGUCCUAACCUUGAUGUUACAGUUUCAGGAGGAGUAGCUGAACCAUCAACACACCCAGAGCUUUUAGGUAUGUGUGGUCCUUGGAGGAUGGCUAUAGGAGUUCACCCCAAGCAUGUUGAUGAGUUGACACCUGAUAGAUUCCUCCAUAUGAAGAACUUGUUGGACAGUCCAUAUGUUGUGGCAUUAGGUGAGAUCGGGCUAGACAGAACUGUCCCUGUGAAGCUGUGGAGACAUCAAGACGAAGUUUUCCGCCAAGUGCUUAAGUUGACUCGUAAGGAUAAAGUCCUUGUCCUUCACUUGCGUGGGAUUGCCGCUGAUAGGAUUGGGAUGGAUGUACACACACGCUGUAUGCAGUUACUGAGGAAAUCGUGUGAUCCAGACCAACCUAUACAUCUUCACUGCUUCAUGGGCGAUCCAGAGUUAGUCAAGGAAUGGUUGGAUAGCUGUUCAAACGUCUAUUUUGGAUUCACGGGUGCUGUGGUGAACUUUAGUGCUGGUCAAGUUGCUGGUCUACAAUCCGUUCCAAUGAGUCGCUUGCUUCUGGAAACAGAUUCCCCAUAUAUGAAACCAGGAGGAGGAACUGUAAAUACACCAGCGUUCAUUGGUGACGUUGCUACCGAAGUUGCAUCAAAACUACAAGUUAACGUGCAGUACCUUUUGAAGGAGACAGUUAGGAACAACCCUCGCCUCUACAAGUUUUAGAUGAUAUGUAUAGAAGACAAUUCCCGCAGAAUUAUAGGUCUGGAUUAUCUUCCGACUAAGUUCAUGUGGAAUGUCUCAUAUUGAUUACUCACUUUCUGCAAAAUUAUAGGUCUGGAUUCCUUUCCGACCAAAUUAUUGCAGAG